GGCGGCGGGGAGGGGUCGUGCGGGGGCGGCGGGCGGGGGUCGGCGCUUCCGGGCGGGCGGGCGGCGGGCGCGGCGCGAUGUGCGAGCGGGCGGCGCGCCUGUGCAGGGCCGGCGCGCACAGGCUGCUUCGGGAGCCGCCGCCGCAGGGCCGGGCGCUAGGCGGGCUGCUGCGCUGGGUGGGCGCCAGGAUGGGGGAGCCCCGGGCGCCGCAAGCACCCGCCGCCCCUGCCGCCCCCGGCCCGGGCCCCCGGCCCGCCUCCCCACACGGGGGCACCGCCGUCAUCCUGGACAUUUUCCGGAGGGCAGACAAAAACGAUGACGGGAAGCUGUCCCUGGAGGAGUUCCAGCUCUUCUUCGCAGAUGGCGUCCUCAACGAGAAGGAACUGGAGGACCUCUUCCACACCAUCGACUCUGACAAUACCAACCACGUGGACACCAAGGAGCUAUGUGAUUACUUUGUGGACCACAUGGGGGACUAUGAGGAUGUUUUGGCCUCCCUGGAGACCUUGAAUCACUCUGUGCUGAAAGCCAUGGGCUACACCAAGAAGGUAUACGAGGGUGGGACCAACGUGGACCAGUUUGUGACGCGCUUCCUCCUGAAGGAGACAGCCAACCAGAUCCAGUCACUGCUGAGCUCCGUGGAGAGUGCGGUGGAGGCCAUAGAAGACCAGACCAGCCAGAUCCGUCAGAACCACAGCAAACCUGGCCACGGCAUGGGGGAGACGUGGUAUGGAAGCCCCACUCCCCCCUACACUCCCAACCCCAAGCUCAUAACCACAGAACAAGGGAAGAGCCUUCCUUCAGUCACUGGGGACCCCAAAGACGAGGGCCUGGAAGUCCAAAUCAGUCGCCUGGCAGAGCUGAUAGGAAGGCUGGAGAGCAAGACUCUCUGGUUUGACCUGCAACAACGCCUCUCAGAUGAAGAAGGCACCAACAUGCACCUGCAGCUGGUCCGGCAGGAGAUGGCUGUGUGUCCUGAACAGCUGGGUGAAUUCCUGGACUCCCUUCGCCAGUACCUGCGUAGCACUGCUGGGACCAGCAACUGCUUCCACAUUGCUGCCGUGAGGCUGUCUGACGGCUACACCUUUGUCAUCUAUGAGUUCUGGGAGACGGAAGAGGAGUGGAAGAGGCACCUGCAGAGCCCUGUAUGCAAGGCCUUCCGGCACAGCAAGGUGGACACGCUGAGCCAACCCGAGACUCUCUCCAGGAUCUCUGUGCCAGCUGUCUGGUGCACUGUGGGCCGUGACUGACCACCACCAAUGCCCAAGGAUGAACCUGCUAUUCUCCCUUCUUAUAAAGGUCACCCCUUCUUUUCUAGAAACUUUGGUAUAUGUGCUCUCUUUUCAAUAAUCUUCCAAACAAGGUGGGUCUUGCUGUGCUGUUCAAAGUAAAGAAGAACCCCUUCCCCCCUGCCCUUCAUCCCCCCACCCUAUUGGCAGAGUCACAUCUGAGCUGCCAGAUGCCGGCAGUGAGUGACAGAAGGCUUCCUGGAGCCUGCACCCCACUUCCCCCACCCCUCCCACGCAUGACCAGCCCCCCAGUGCCUGGUCUCAGCUGACUGCCCCAUCUCCCUGGUAGGAGCCAAGACCCUGUAGUACCCAAACUCGGCCUGUGCCACCUUGUAGCCAGUGCCCUGCUCAGCCAGCCGCAGGCACCGGCACCAAAUAAACUCGGGCUGAGAAGGGC